CAAUGUUUUUCUGCAGAGACAUUCAGACAGUUACAAUUUUACAGUUUUUAACUGAUUUUGUCUAAAAGAAUACAGGCAUGGCGGGAUUACUGGCAUGGGCAGCAGAUGUCGUUGGAGCCCAUGGAAACAACCAUGAAUUAGAAGAAGACAGAAUUCCAAUUGUGUUCACUGAUGACCAGCAAAAGUAUGUUCAAGAAUUAGAUUCAAAGGCUUCAUCUUUGAGCCGUACGAUCCAAGAUCUACGGCUUAGAUUGCCUCCACCUGAUAUCUCUCAACGUCUACCUCACCUUCUUGCUCAUUCCAUUGCAUCCAAUGCUGCUCUUGCUCUCCAGUUGAAUGCUCAUUCUGCUACCAAAGAGCAGGCCCAAUUGAGAGAGGUGACCCUUCAGGAAGAAAAUGCCAAGUAUGAAAAGGCUAUAUUAAAUUGUGAGAACAACAUACAUGAGAGAAUUCAGGAAGCAGAUUUACUUCUUAGGAAGUUACAGGAAAUGAAUGAGAUUGAACAAGCUUUGAUAGAGGAGCUAGAAAAUGCAGAAACUGCAAUGGAUGCUGGACAACACGGAAACUCUGGUGAAUCAGUUAAUGCAUCUGAAACAACAGUUGAAGCUGGAUCAGAUGCAGAAGCUGCAAAGUCUGAUAUAUCAGAGAAGUUGGAUAACAAGAAAAAAGAAUUGAGUUCAUUGGAAGAAAUUGUUCAAGAUUUAGAUAAAAGGUGGAUACAAGUUCAAGAGAAUGCACUGAAGCAGCCUGGUCCAGCUCAGAGAGAGAAGUUAUUGGAUAAACAGCUUCAUAGCCUAAUCGAGCAACUAGCAGCUAAACAGGCACAAGCAGAGGGCCUGGUCAGUGAAAUUCAUUUGGAAGAGAUGGAGCUAGAAAGGUUGAAUGGGUUGUGGAGGAGGAUUGAGAGUAGCAAUGUAGAGGGCAAUACUGCCAGGAAUCGGUUUGGAAGAAGCACCUCGGACAAGGGGUCUGCUUUUGCAGACUAUAUUGUCGACAAGCUACCAUAUUCCACUGGUGGGCCGAACUGAGCACCAACAGAGACUCAUGUUCCUGAGGUCGGCUUUUGUUAUCUACAUUUUAUUCUUGCACAUUGUGGUUUUCAUCAAGCUUUCAUUUUGAGUAGCAUCAAGAAAAUUCUCCUCUCCAUAUUUGAAUGUGAGAUAUUUCCGGUGUGUAAAUCAUUAUUUUGUAAAGAAGUGACUUGUUCCUCUUUUGUAAUGCAGUUGGCUGCCUGGACUAA